CAAACAUCGAUUGUUUCUGUUGUGGAUUAUAGAAACUGCCAUCAAACAUGACCAGUUCAUUGACACCUAAGAGCAACGUAAUCUACGCAUUUGACGUCACAAAUCAGGCAACGGAUAUUGACUGGCAGAAAAUUUGGAUUAGGAAAAAACGAAGUAGCAAUAGAAAAGUUAUCUUUGCAAUAGUUGGAGGUUGUUUAAUAAUAGCUGUUGGAAUUGCAAUCGGAUUAGGCGUGGGCUUACGUUCACAGGAACACGGGCCAAAUCCGGUCACAAAUGGUCAAAGCGGUAGCCAGUUUCCACCAAAAGAAGAACCAGUGGUCACUUCAACGGAAGGAGUUUACAGAUAUGCAGCAGUAGCCACAGAUUCAGAAGUAUGUUCAAAAAUUGGGAGUGAUAUGAUAUUAGUACACAAUGGAACAGCAGUAGACGGAGCUAUAGCAGCUUUGUUAUGUAGUGGUGUUGUAGCUGCCCAUAGUACGGGUAUAGGUGGUGGAUUCUUUAUGACUCUUUAUGAUAGAAAAACUAGAACUGUAGAUGCUGUUGAUGCUCGUGAAAUAGCUCCAUUGUUUGCUACUGAAGAUAUGUAUGUAGAUGGUAAAGCUUCGUCAGUUCUUGGUGGCUCAGCGAUAGCAGUGCCUGGAGAAUUAAAGGGUUUCCAAGAAAUACACCAAAGUUACGGGAGAUUAGAGUGGAGUACUUUAUUCCAACCUACUAUAGAUUUAUGUGAAAACGGGGUACCAGUAACUCGAGCUUUACACAGAGCUGUAGCUGGAAAGACAGAUACUCUCGCCAAUGAUCCAAAUUUCAGCAUGUAUUACCCGAAUGGUAAACCCAUAGCAGAAGGUGAAAAGGUCAAACUACCAAAAUUAGCAGAAACAUUUAAAAUUAUAGCCGAAAAGGGAGCCAGUGCGUUCUAUGUUGGUGAUCUGGCACCAUUAAUUGUAGAUGAUAUUAAAGAUCACGGUGGUAAUAUAACAUUAACAGAUUUAUUAAACUAUUCCGUUGUUAAGAAACGACCAAUUAAUAUAACAUUAAACGAUGGUUUAACUGUUUAUUCUGUUCCACCACCAUCAAGUGGCGCUGUGUAUGAAUAUAUACUAAAUAUAUUAGAUGGUUAUAAUUUUACAUCAGAUGAUAUGUCAACUGACGCUAAGACGGUUUUAACUGAACAUCGUAUUAUAGAAGCCAUGAAAUUUGCCUUUGCUAAAAGAACAGACUUAGGAGAUGAGGAUUUUGUGAAUGUUUCUGAUCUAGUUAAGAAUAUGACGUCUUAG